AUGGUGCCAGAGUGGGUAGAAGCAUACAUGGACUACAACGGCUUGAAGAGGGUUCUAAAACAAAUCCGCAGCUACAAGCACAGCAAGCUAACCAGAGCAGCGUCGAGAGUCUCUCAGGAGGCUCAAGCGUUGCACCGUUCGUUCAGCGGACUCUCCUUCCAUCCUCGUCACAGUGACCAUGCAGGAGGAGGAGACAUUGAGGACCAAGUGAUAAAAGUCGACACUGUAGAUGAUGAUGACGACACUCGUAAGCUGUACAAGACGAAGUUUUUAAAGAUAUCUGAAGAAGGAAGCGAGUUCGAAGAGACGUUCUUCAAGAAGCUCGAUGAGAAUCUAAACAAAGUUAAUAGAUUUUACAAGGAGAAAGUCGAUGAGGUUCUUGAGGAAGCGAGUUUGCUAGAUAAACAGAUGGAUGCGUUGAUUGCGUUGAGGGUUAAGGUGCAGAGACCUGAUGCGAGUAACGUGAAUUUGGAGAAGCAUCCUUCUGAUAAGGUUGUUGUAGAUGAUGCAUCUGAUGAUAGCACAAUGAGAUUACCUGGGAGUGCGAAUAGAGAUAUUGUACAUGGUAUUGAGAGGACUAGCAUUCCGGAGGAAGAGGCUUCUCAGAUCGUGACCGACAUUGUUCCGGUUGCUUGUAGUGAUGGGGAUGCAGAGGAAGGUGACAAGCAGGAUCUACGCGAGAUACUAGAGCGUGUGAAGAUGAAUGAUGCGCUUGGAGAUCCCAUUUCUACGUUGAAAGGAGUGUUUGGUGAUUCAAGAAACGAUGAAGUAAUCUCCAAGAAAGGAUUGAAAAGAGCAGAGGAGCAGUUGAGGCUUGUUUUUAGUGAGUUUUAUCAGAAACUUCGCCGUCUGAAGGAGUACAGUUUUAUGAAUCUUCUUGCAUUUUCAAAGAUCAUGAAGAAGUACGAGAAGAUUGCUUCAAGGAAUGCGUCUAGGAACUAUAUGAAAAUUGUGGAUAAUUCAUUGAUUGGGAGUUCUGAUGAGGUUAACAGACUCCUGGAGAGAGUUGAGGUGACUUUCGUUAAGCACUUUUCAAGCGGAAACCGAAGAGAAGGCAUGAAGUGUCUAAGGCCAAAAGUUAAAAGAGAAAGGCAUAGAGUUACAUUCUUCUCUGGUUUCUUUUCUGGCUGCUCAAUUGCACUAAUUGUUGCUGUUGUUUUCAAGAUAGAAAGUAGAAAGAUCAUGGAGAAGGACUAUGGUACUGAAUACAUGGCGAAUAUUAUCCCUCUUUACAGCUUAUUUGGAUAUAUCAUUCUUCAUAUGCUAAUGUACUCUGGGAACAUUUACUUCUGGAGGCGUUACAGAGUCAACUAUACCUUCAUCUUUGGUUUCAAGCAGGGAACAGAGUUGGGUUACAGAGAUGUUUUCCUCGUAAGCACUGGUCUCGCGGUGCUUGCUUUCCUCUGUUUCUUGCUAAAUCUGCAGCUUGACAUGGACUGGAGGAUAAAAGAUCAUAAGACACUGCCUGAAGUUAUUCCUUUGGGUUUGGUCACUGUUGUUCUUGUCAUACUUUUUUGUCCUUUCAACGUCAUAUACCGCUCAAGUCGGUUAUUCUUCAUUCGAGCACUGGUUCACUGCAUUUGUGCUCCUCUCUACGAGGUUACACUACCGGAUUUUUUCUUGGCAGACCACCUAACUAGUCAGGUACAAGCCAUAAGAAGUUUUGAGCUAUUCAUUUGCUACUACGGCUUAGGAGAAUACUUACAGAGACAAAACAAGUGUCAUAGUCACGGUGUUUACAACGCCUUCUACUUUGUAGUUGCUGUUAUACCUUACUGGCUUCGCUUCCUCCAGUGCAUACGCAGAUUAUGUGAAGAAAAAGAAACCGUACAUGGAUACAAUGCUCUGAAAUACAUGCUGACAAUCAUCGCAGUCAUUAUAAGAACAGCUUUUGAGCUGAAAAAGGGACGAAACUGGAUGAUUUUGGCUCUUGUAAGCUCAGGUGUAGCGACGGCUAUGAACACAUUCUGGGACAUUGUUAUAGACUGGGGACUUCUCCGUAGGAAUUCCAAGAAUCCAUACCUUAGAGACAAACUUCUUGUUCCUCACAAGAGCGUCUAUUUUACAGCCAUGGUAGUGAAUGUGAUUCUAAGAGUGGCAUGGAUGCAGUUAGUUCUUGAGUUUAACUUGAAGUCUCUUCACAAAAUCGCGGUAUCAACCAUUAUUUCAUGUUUAGAGAUUGUUCGUCGUGGAAUAUGGAGCUUCUUCAGGUUGGAGAAUGAGCACUUGAACAAUGUAGGCAAAUACAGAGCUUUCAAGUCUGUUCCACAUCCUUUCCAUUACUACGACGAUGAUGACACUGACGACAAAGACGACUGA